AUGCUGAGCUUCAUGAAUAGGGGGAACCGCCGCAAGGCGAAGAAGGUCGACAUUGCGUCCAUCCGGCGCCUCCAGUCGCCGCCCUCGCCUGCGUCGUUCGCGUCCCCGGAGAUCGUGGACAUCGUGGGCGAGAAGCUCGACGCGGACCAGGGACUGCGCUCGCCGCACGGCUGGGGUCGCGAUGCUGUACCAGCGAAAGAUGAUGGGGAGGACCGGCUCGACUCACCUAAGGUGCAGCUGGAGAUCUCUAGUGAGCCCUUAUCCACGUUCUUUCCCCCGGAUCUCUUGCGCGAUAGUUCGCCUCCUGCGCGUCCAAAUGUUAUUGGUCAAGAGGCACGGCUAGCGCCAACCCGCAACGAUAGUCGGCGCGCACUUGGUAGCGGGCCUCUGGAUAUCAUGGUGAUUGGUUCAGAAGGCGGUCAGCCUUCCGUACCCGUACUUCAUGAGGAGGAACCAAAAGAAACCAGCGCAACGCCACCGCGCAAGCUUCCCCCGGCACCGAUCAGGAUCCCCUCCGCAAGCGGCUCCAGAUUCCACAUCCAUCGCUCCGCCUCCGAAGGGACCAAACAACUGCACCCCGACGCUACCAACGACGCCCCCUCCCAGCCGGGCACGCGCCCCGCCUCCUUCCACGACGGCGACGCCGACAUGGACAACCUCUCCACGAUCUCGGGUACCACUCUCGCACGCGCACUUAUCACAAACUCCUUCAUCCUCACGACGAGUGAGUCGCGGCACUCGCGCUACCGUAGCGGCGGGAUGACGCGCCAGGAUUCGGCGACACUCCCCAAGGGCGAGCACCCGUACAUCAACUCGCCCUACUGGCGCGAUCGACACAUAAGCGCGAGCGGCGAAAUUGUUCAAACGCCCGCGCCGCCGGACGGCGAGUCGAGCAUCCCACCUGUACCACCUGUACCGACGCUCGCGCUCAUUGACGCGAGGAGCAGGCCCGGAUCGUCGGCGGGGGAGAGCGACCAGGAAGCCCCUACGGUGCCGCCCAAUGCCCGGCGGAUAUCCCGCAUCUCGGAGGCGCCCUCGCCGGCGCCUAGCACGCCCGAGCCGUCGACGGCGGCGAGCAGCGUCAUGAGGAGCGCGGAUGCCAGCGGCAACGGAACCUCACCAUCGCACUACAACAGCCCGGGGCACCAGGAUAGUACGCCGCCUUCGUCCGCGCCGCUUUCAUCAUCCCGGCUCCCAGCUUCAGGCGGGUACUCUGUCGGGUCGGGGGAGGACAUCGGGCAUAUCCUGGAUGACUUCCAGUUCCUCUCGCCGAUGGGCGGUCGGUUUGUUGGCGCACCUAGCCCUGACCCUAAUUCUGCGUCGUCCUCUAUGUUGUCUGUGCCCUUGCCUGGGAGGCCGCGGUCAAUGAGUCAACCGCGGGAUUCUUCUCUUUCUGGUAAAGCUGUGUAUACUAUCAAACCUCCCGAGCUGAACGUUGUACGGACGCGGUCCGAUUCUCGCUCGUCGCAGACGUCGCGUGACAAAUACCCCCAGCGCUCCCUCAACCUGCUGCCCAUCGGUGAGGGCCCGCGGUCUGCGGCAGCACCCAAUACCCCCGACGACGAUACCCGCCCCUCGACUUCCGGCAUCCAACAGCGCCUCUCCCGCAUGGCGCGGUCCUCUGUUUUGCGGUCCGCCGCUGCGAAGCUGCCCCCUAUACGGUCCUCAACCGACCCCGAGGAGCCCUCUCUGACGUCCCCUGACCCACUCGACACUAUCCUGCUCCCCGUCACUCGUUCUAUAUUCAACCGGCAGCGCUCGGGCAGCGUACCCGAUCCCAUCCGCGUCGUCCGCGAGCCGCCAUAUUCGCGCGGGAUACCGAUUGACGAGGACACCGACGAGCACGCGAGUACGGCGUCUGGGACGCAGCAGACGUUCCCGGAGACCCCUCGGAUGUUCAGCCCGCUGUGGUCCGCGAACGCAGACACGCCGCCCGUGCCUGCUGUGCCGCAGGUGGUGCAGAGGGUUUCGGUGACGGCUGUUCCUUCUGCGUCGCGUGGUCUGCAGGUUGAGCGGCCGGCUCUGACUAGGGCGGCGACAACAUCCGCCGCGACAGCAGAGCCUGCAACGCGGCCUCGUGUACCCUCUACCCCUCCUCCCACAGCGGAUAACUCGUUGCCGCCUUCACCUAAUACCCAGGUCAUUGUUGUUCCUGCGCGAGCUGAGGCUGAGCCCGAAGCCGCACUCUCUGCUCAUGAGCAGCCUUCAGAGGGGUCUUCUUCCUCUUAUCACGGCCAAUCUUCAUCUGAGAAGAGUCGUACAGUUGAUGCACCCCUGGAUACCCAUACCCAACCUACGACUCCUAGAAUCCAUGAGACCCCAGCGUCGCCAGAGACCCCGGUAUCUGCUCGCCAGCACGGCCUUCCUGCCCCGCUGCCCCGGCCGCCAAGAACCCCUCCAGAGGAGCCGUCGUUCAUGGCCACGUUUGUCCCCCCUCCACCGUACCAGGCCGCCGUGAACGAUCAGCCUCUUCGGGUAUCGGCCGCUCCAGAGUACAGCCUGCCUCCUACGACCCCUGUAAACACUCGGAGGCAGACGAGGUCACGCCCGCCGCUGCCUAUAGGUCCGCGAAGGCCAAGUCAGCAUGUCGGCGGUCUGCACAAUAUAGCAUCGAUCGGGCGUGAGCGCAAUGGGUCCGUUUCGUCCUUUGUCAGCAAUGGGGCUCCUCAAGGGCAGCAUAGGCCUGGAACGCCGUCCUCUUCCUCUAUCAGAUUCCAGACCCUGCCUGUCCGAUUCCGUGGCUACACUAUUGAUAUGGCGAAGUGGAAUUUCACUUCGGAGCAACUGCAGGGCAUCGUGUCGAGAGCUAUCAGGCACUCCAGUCAGGCUUCGUCGAUAAGGCUCCUCUCACUCGAUGUCCUCGACCACGAGCUACCGGAAGAAUUGAGCAGACUGGAGACUCUUGCUGCUGAGCUCAAGACACGGUAUAAGCUACUAGCGAGGAAACGCACGGCGUUAUUGGGCACUCUUACUGGUCAAAGUGAUCACGCCGGUGCCGGAGAUUAUUCGCCACGCCACAGGACGAUGGAGGAUCUCACGGAAACGUCCACUUCCUUGGACCAAGUGGUGGAGGAGUUAUAUCUUGUUGCCGACCAAAUUCAGCAGCUGAGAAGUCUGGUCGAGGUUCACUCCAGUAGUGCGCUGGCGAUGGCUUUGCGAAAGUUGAACACUAGCUACGCCAAGAAAAGCGCUGAAGCCGAGUCCCUACGCGCUCGAGUGGCCGCUCUGGAGGCAGAGCGCGACGAGGCUUGGAAGCAGGCUGAAGAAGUUGCGCACGAAUUCGACGAUCUACAGGAGCGCGUGAACGAGACUAACGGGGCUCAGACUCCGUCAUCCGCGAAGUCCCCUGGCCCAAGUCGCCGGUCUAGUCGCGUUCUGGUGGCUCGCAAAACAAGUCUGAGGGCCUCUAAAGCAGGCUUGCGUACGUCCGGCGGUAGAAGAAGUCAACGUCUUUCAAGUAGCAGUUCUCAGAGAUUGAGCUUGGUACCUUCGGCCGCUCGAUCGACAUUCUCGAUGGACGAUGUACCCCCAGUACCGCCUAUUCCUCGACGUCGCCCAGGUAUUGUUACUGCAGACCUAGCGAGCCGCGCUUCAAUGGGUGAGACUAUCCCUAUACCCUAUUGA